GUUGGCGUUUUGGAGUUCAUCUUCUCUACCAAGAUGUCAGGUUCAAUUAUGGAAACGAGUCUUGUGUCGGAUACCAAGCCCGUCUCUACCCUCGAAAUCCAAGUAGACACCUCCGAUAUUGAUGGAGUGAAAGAGACGUCAACGAACGCCGAGCGUGUUCCAGAGAAGGUGGUUAAGGGGGAUUUGGAGAGUGUUUCCAUGGAGGAUGAUGAUCCAUGGGCCGCAGUCUUACCGGAGUUACGGGAGGAACAACAAUGGGCAUCUCUUAACACCCAACAACGAGUCAAGUUCGUCUUCUUCCUCAUCGUCAAGAUCAUCUUGCUAAUCGUCUUCAUGUACUUCUUCAUCUGCUCCUUGGAUUUCCUGAGCUCAGCUUUCCGCUUGCUUGGAGGACUUGCUGCUGGUGAUGUACUCAACGACCAUUUCCUGCUCAGUAAUCCAGUGUGUGGUCUCAUGAUGGGUGUUCUGGUGACUGUGCUGGUCCAGAGCUCGAGUACAUCCACAUCUAUUGUGGUUGCCAUGGUGUCUGCCGCCAUCAUCCCAGUCCGCCAGGCAAUCCCAAUCGUGAUGGGCGCUAACAUCGGUACCUCAGUCACCAACACCAUCGUGGCUCUUGGUCAGGCCAAGGAACGCAAUGAGUUUCGCCGGGCCUUCGGUGGUGCGACCGUCCAUGACAUGUUCAACUGGCUGACCGUCUUAAUCUUCUUCCCUAUUGAGAUUAUUACUCAUUACUUGGAGCUGAUGACAGAUCGCAUCUUGAGUGGUUUGGACCUUAUGGAGCAGGAUGUGGAAGUUGAGAUCUUGAAGGCUGUUACGGGACCAUUUACUAAACUCAUCGUACAGAUUGACAAAAGUGUGAUCACGAAGGUUGCUGAAGGAACUCUCAAUAUCUCGGACGCCAGACUCCUCAAAGUCUGCUCUACCAACUUAACAGAAACUUGCAAGUACAACCACAUCUUUGCCAAGACUACUAUGACAGAUACAGAAGUUGGUCUCAUCAUGUUAGCUGUGGCUAUUACCAUCCUCUUCGUCUGUCUCUUUGCAAUCGUCAAACUCCUUCACUCCAUGCUCAAAGGAAGCAUCGCUCUCCUUAUCCAGAAGUUCAUCAAUGCUGACUUCCCAGGGUAUCUGUCUUUCCUGACCGGCUACGUUGCGAUCCUAGUCGGUGCUGUAAUGACUUUCAUUGUUCAGAGCAGUUCUAUCUUUACGUCCGCCAUCACACCACUGGUAGGUAUUGGAGUCAUCAGUUUGGAGAGAAUGUACCCACUGACCUUAGGCGCCAAUAUCGGUACCACUGCGACCGGUUUGAUCGCAGCGUUAGCCACGUCAGGCGGAUCGCUUCGCAAUGCCCUCCAGAUCGCCCUGUGUCAUCUCUUCUUUAACAUCUCCGGUAUCUUAGUCUGGUAUCCGCUCCCCUUCAUGAGAAAGGUACCAGUAACUCUCGCGAAGAUUCUCGGGAACACGACGGCUGAUUACCGUUGGUUUGCUAUGCUGUACCUUGUCACGAUGUUCUUAAUCAUUCCGGCCAUUGUUCUUGGUCUUUCCAUUGCUGGGGUGGUGUACCUGCUAGCCAUUGGCAUACCGCUCUUCGUCUUCAUCGUUGUCGUCUCAAUCAUUAACAUUCUCCAGAGGAAGCUGCCUCGUGUUCUCCCUAAGAAACUCCACAACUGGGAGUUCUUGCCGUCUUGCCUGCAUUCCUUAGACCCCCUGGACAGGCUCUUCAGUUGCUCUUUCAUAAAGAGGAAUCUUGCUAAGAAAAAGGGAAAAGAAGAUUCUGCCCAAGGAGUUGAAAAUUAUGCCUUUAAUGGAGUCUAAGACAAUUGAGCAUUUCUAAAAGGAACACGUUGCCUUGGAUUGGACGAGUUGGUCUUUGAAAAGUGUUUGGAACCGUUUGUUUUCAAAU